CGGACUAAAUCGCCAUUGCCAUUUUCUGAUUUGCCACAGAACAUAAAUCAAAUGACCCCGAUAAAUAUUUGUAGGUUUACGUGCUGUCCUUGCCCGACCAAGACCGUUCGGCCGUUUACUAUCAGAUUACCGUCAUUCAAGAACAAAACGAUAUCGCCAUUUAAUCCCCAAUGUCGUGAAACACUGAAUUUUUGUUAAUGAGCUUUAGAACCAUACCGUCUCCCCCUCCAUUUCAAUCUAAUCAUGAGGGAAGACGGGGAACCAGAAAACCGUAGCUAAAUCCGAGAAAAGAUGAAGCUCAGCUGCUCUGUUUUUUCUGCUGGUCGUAUUCCAUCUCUUUUUGCCCAUCUAUCCAAACCCAUUUGCUCUUCUACAAAAUCCUCAUCAACAACCUUCUGUCCGCGAAAACUCAAAACCCCACUCUUUUUAAGGCCACCCACAUACUCAACCUCUUUAUCCGACCUCAAAAAAUGGCAUGACUGGGCUAAAAAACUUGCUUCCUCAAUUGGGAACUCUUUUGUUGACUUAGAUAAUGGCCCGGACUCCAGUCUUCUUUGUAGAGAACUCAAAUGGCUAAUAGAAGACUCACUUGAAGACCCUUCACUGAUAUCUCAACUGGGUAUUGAAAAUCACUCCAUGGAUGUUAGGUUAAGGGCAUGUUUGGAUGAACUAUAUGUUCUUUGGAGGCAGAGAAUUGAGGAGAGGAGACCUUUUCAGUAUAUUGUUGGGUGUGAGCACUGGAGGGAUUUGGUGUUGAGUGUAGAAGAAGGGGUCCUGAUUCCCAGGCCUGAAACUGAAUUAAUUGUUGAUUUGGUGAAAGAUGUGAUUUUGAAUUGUGGAGAGUUGAAAGAAGGUUUGUGGGCAGAUUUAGGGACUGGUAGUGGUGCUAUUGCGAUUGAUAUUGGCAGGAUUUUGGGAAAUCAGGGAAGAGUAUUUGCUACUGAUAUAAGUCGAGUCGCAGUUUCUGUCGCCACUGAUAAUGUAGAGAGAUAUGGCCUGCAGGUUUGUGAAGAAAUUAUAAUUACAAGGGAUUAUUGUGUAGUACUUGCAUCUUUUUCAAAUUAAAAAAAAAAAAAGGAA